AUUAUUUGUCAGAUAUAAGCAAUUUGAAAUGUAUGCUCAGUUAAAGUUGUGAAUUCUUUCAAUUAACAUUAAUUUCUACUGAUAACUGGACGGAGGCGAGAAAUAGAGAAUGCCGGAACACGCGAACGAUUUCAAUGCCGAUGAGUUGCAGGCGCCCGAAUGGAUGGACAAUGACUUCUUCUUGAAAGUUUUGCAGAACUGUGAAAAGAAAGGAAGCAGAGUGGAAAUUGUGAGUACCAAAAUUUCACCAGCUUCCAUGAAAGGAGAUCACUAUGCGAGCGUAAUGUUUCGCGCUCUGCUAGAAUAUAAGUUGGACGGCGUGCACAAAACCAAAUCUGUGAUCUUGAAGACAAUGCCCGAAAGUGAUGGACACAAAAAGGAAAUGCUAGGCAAUACGGAUAUUUUUGAAAAGGAAAUAAGCAUGUAUACGAGGGUCCUACCACGCUUCGAAAAGAUCUUACGGAAUGCUGGCGACAACACAGUGCUCAAAGCACCAUGUUUAUACAGCGCUCUGGAACCCAAAAAAGUAAUUGUCUUUGAAGACCUCGUGCCCGCCGGCUAUGAAGUGGUGCGUGGUCGCGUGCUUAGCGUGGAAGAAGUAAAGGCCGCAUAUUUUAAAUUGGCUAAGUGGCAUGCCAUCAGUUACAAAAUCAACCUAGAGGAACCACAGUUUUUUGACGAAUUCCAGCGAGGCAUAUUCAAUAUGUCCAACAUAGCAAAUGAGCCAUUUAUGGCAAGCGGUAUAAUCAAUUUUGUGGAGUUACUGAAGAAAACGCCUUCUUUGCAGUCGUAUUUGCCAUACUUUGAGAAGUUGCAACCCAAACUCCUGGAAAGGUGCCGCGCAUCUUAUGCCGAGUAUCGUGAUGCGCCUAAAGAAGGCGCGUGCUAUGUGCUCUGCCACGGUGAUUUUCAUGCCAAAAAUAUGAUGUUUAAACAUCACAAGGGAACUGAUGAUGUUGAGGAUGUUAUGCUUCUGGACUUCCAAAUUGGUUACGUAGGCCCGAAUGUGAAUGAUUUGAUAUAUUCCAUUUAUUGUUUGUUGGAUGAGAAUAUGCGCUUAGAUUUUCCAGCGCUACUGUACCACUACUACACCGUAUUCAAAAGCACUUUAGCCAGUAUCGGCUUUAAAGGCACUUCACCGUCGCUUAUGCAGAUAAGACAACACUAUAGACGCCAUAAAGAUCUGGAACUUUUCCUUUUGGUAACGUUUCUGCCCAUGUGGUACGCGAUUAAUGAUGAGCCUGAUGUGGAGAACAUGAUGACAUCCGACGAGUAUCGUCGUGCCAUGUACGAUUCAAAGGAAUACAUAAAAUAUGUGGAACAAGUUUUACCAGAAUACUUGCAUUUGGGCUAUUUGGAGGAAUAAUGAAACCCUAUUGGUGCAAAUUAAUGUUCAAUUUUGAGUAUUGCGUUUCGUUCCCUCAAAAAAUGUAAAAACUACUUGUAACUGUUUUAAGAGUUAAUAAAUAACAGUUUUAGUAAAAUAUGUA